AUGCCUUCGUUCUUGAAAAAAGAAAACAAGGCUUCACAGCAACCGUUCCAAGAGCCAGCAGCCUCGGACCCUCCACCGCCUUAUAGCGUUUCCACGGCGCAAGGGGAGUCCAGCAGUCGCCAGCCGGCUAUUGAUGUCACCGCUGCAUUUGCUCGGCUCACGGUCACGAAUGCUGUCCAGGAUCCUACGCCAGACCUGUGUCUGGCGCAUCUCAAGUUGUUACACGCCUUUCAUGACUUGAAGGAGGACAUCGGUUACACCGAUGGACUCUUUGGUCUCUGGAACUCCCGAGCCGACGACGCCAUCCUUCAUGUCCGAGGCACGGGCAUUCUUGAGGAGCGAGGCUCCCCGUCGCCGACGGAUGAGGACAAGAAGUUCUUCCUGAGCAAGUUGCGAGAGAAGAGGUGGGCCUUGUUCGUUGCCCGCGCUGUUGACCGGUACGAGAUAUGGUGGAACGCUACAUUUAAGCUCGACUUGACGAUGGAGGAUCAGACUAUCCCGUCUGAUCCAAGAUACGAUGCGUUCCCCACAACUGAUCUAGAUGAGAAGCGACCGGGUUGGAUGAUGAUGCCACUCGAUGUCUUGAUGGUUUUCCACUCCCACAUGCUGAAUCCGAGAGCAUUCCUAGAAGACUGUAUGAGAUAUCAGGCCAGAACACUCUGGAGGAAUGGCAUUCCCUGGGGUGAAGUCAACGAAGCAAUCGAUGCAAACUUCAACUACGAUGUACCCGACGAUGGAAAGGCUGCCUGGGUCGCGCACACGGGCUGCGCUUGGAACAACACGGAUGACCCGAUAGUCAAAGAGCGGGAAUGCCCUAGCUCCAAGGCGCCCGAGCGGCCGGGACUCAUUGGCAAUGGGUACGGUGACGGAAACUUUUCUUUCAAAUGUCCUUUGUGUGCCGACAUCAUUACAAACGAUUUCUUAUGUGUCUCCAAGUUUACCAAAGACUGCACCAACCUGAUACGGAAGAAGUUCCCCUUGCCUGGCACAGUUCUACAUCUCGGCAAUGGCACUCCGGAACUGCUCCCCACGGAUAACCGCGCCAACAAGGAUGCCCGAACCUUCCCAAACCGGAUGAUCGAACGAUCAUUCCUCAGGACAGGCGUCAUGGACCUCGACUGGCCGGCCGUGCACCCCAUGCCGAGCAUGCACGAGGCCCGAAAGCUCAUCGAGGAGGUGCUGGCGAGCAACUACGCAGUCAAGCGCAUCAACGGCAUCCCCUGGGAGCUGGCCAACAAGAUCACCUCGAUCAGGCUGAAGGCCGCCCCGCGCCUGGCCGUGCGCAAGAUGAUGUCUCGCUACUGGGAUAACCGCAGCUGUUUCGCGCUGGACCUCUCCGGCGCCGUCCUCCGCCAAGGCAUCUUUGUCGACAAGAUGGUCGACAUCAACUGGCUGCACAGCCCUGCGGCGCCUGACACCAUGGCCCGUCUGCUGGCCAAAUAUCGCCGGUUCUUCCACAUCAUGGCGACGCACCCGGGGGAUGUGGCAGUACCCACGCUCGAUGUCGACCUGGCUUGGCAUACACACCAGCUCUGUCCUGGGGCGUAUUACAGGUAUUCAUUGGAGGCAACGGGCAAGUUCAUCGACCACAAUGACAAGAUUGAUGAGAGUAAACUAUCGACGGCGUUUGAGUGGACCAGUAAGAUUUAUCAGGAGACGUACGACGAGGUCUAUUCAGAGUGUACCUGCUGGUAUUGCGAGAGCAUCCGUGCAUCCCACAUCUCAUCUGUCGGCAAGCUUUUGGGGACUUCGAAGCAGGACAAGAUCUCGGACAAGUUUCACGACUCGGGAACUGCCAACUAUUGCCCGCCGGACAAAUCGGCACACAUCUCGGCGCACAAUGCCGUCAAGACGAACUUGGUAGGCGUGGACGUGAAGAACAGCAAGUACCGCGUCUUCGAGCAGAUGCGAGCCGCACACCAGCGCCGAUUGGACGAAAGCUAUGCCAAGGCAUGCCGGCGCGCGGAGAAGAAGGGACGGAAGAUGCCACCCAAGGAAGGGUACUACAGCAACUGGGGCUACUCCUAUGCUGCAUCGAUGCCGUUCUUUUAUCCCAUGUACUUUACCCCGGUCAUGUACGGAGGCGGCGACCCGUGCCACAUUGAUAUGGGGCAAGGGCAGGCAGGAACCUGCUGCGAGGGCAGCUGUGGCGCGAAUGGCGUGGCCGCGGGAGCAUGCGGUGGGCCGGGGGGCUGCGGAUCGAUGGGGGGAUGCGGAGGUUCGAAUCUCGGAGCGUCCUGCUUAGGAGGCGGCGCUUGUGGAGGCGGCGGCGGCUGCGGCGGCGGAGGGGGUUCGGCCGGAGCUUGUGGUGCCGGAGUGGGAGCAUGCGGAGGCGGAGGGGGAGGAGGGUGCGGAGGCGGUGGAGGAGGGUGUGGAGGAGGAGGCGGAGGUUGUGGUGGAGGAGGUAAGUCUUGUGUCCCUGUUGAUAUUCCCGCAGGCCACUUUGAGCUGAACUGA